AUGGAACACAUGCUGCGCUGCAACGCCUUGAAGUGUCGAAAGGAGCUCGGGGAUCGAGCACUAGUAACUACCUGCAGCCAUAUUUUCUGUACCGACUGUGCCGCUCGUCUCGGCCUCACCAGUCAACACCACGAACAUCGGAACUCGUGUCCCGCCUGUGGUGCCCACCUGACCAAUCCCGACGACGCCGUGAUAUCAAACCUGAACCCGAGUGAGGACUACAAGACGAGCGUCCUGAGUGGCCUGAGUCCCAACAUUAUCAUCGAAUGCGCAAGCCGAGCCUUGAGUUUCUGGGCUUACCAGGCUACCCAGGAGGUCGUUUACCAGGAAUACCUCGGGAAGACACUGACUGAUAAAUACUCGAACUUGAGUGUCCACCUGGACAAAGUGAUCAACGAUGCCAACUUAGAAAUCACCAACCUGCAUAACAAGCUUACCAGAAAGUCAUCCCCCGCCCUACUGAAGCCUCACCAGGAUAGCCUCCGUAGGAAAAACGAAGAACUCACCCAAGCGUACAAAGAGAAGAACCGAAAGCUACUACAGACUCAGGAGCUCUAUGAUAAGCUCAAGCGAAAGGCUAUGCUCGGGCAGAUGCAGGACGCCGCAGAAGACGCAGUAGAUUCGACGCUCCAUGGCCCGAUUGGCGAGGCUCCAUUCGACGGAGCAGGACAAGGAGGAGGUCGGGAUCCUAUGGGUUUUCAGGAGCAUGGGUCGCCUUAUGGACGCCAGCAACCAGGCCCCCAAGAGCGCCAGGGGAUCUCGACCGGUUAUCAAACUCGGGCCACGACGCAGGAACACGCCAGCGCUUGGCCGAGGAACGUGGGGCAUCAACCCAACAUUCCUAUUACCCCUUCAACACAUCGUCAACGUCUCGGCAAUUCUAGAGGUAUAGGUUUAUCGAGUAUUCCUGGAAUUGUUCUGGGAACCCCUCGCGCGCACGAUAGCCAAAUGAACACACGAGAACCCGUAGGCGAUGUAACUUCUAACGGUCCCUAUACUACAACAAGAUUCCCGUCUGGAGGAUUGAUCUCUGGGUUAAAGGCCAGCCACAGCGGAGCGAAUACUGGCGGUUUUACUGCUUCAUCAGCGAGACCGCAAGUUGCACAUCGAGCGACGGCGGCGUCAUCGACGUUCAACCGAAGAUCCUCAGGAGUACAACAAGAAACUGUUCUUGGUGGAAUUCGAAGAGGUUUCCCAAAUCUCUAG